GAGCGUAAUCUCUCUCGUGCGCGAGCGAGGCGCAGCAGCAGUAGCGGCUGCUUCUCGGUAGUCAUGCCGCCGAACUCGAGCGGUCUGCCGCGGACCGCGUGCUGCUGCAGCGACCCAUAGUGGAACCGUAUUGAUGCAUGCCGCGUGUGUUUUUUUUUCUGUGCAAUUAGAUUGAUGUAAGUGUUACGUGUCAUAGUGCGCGUAAUCAGAGGCUUGUAUGGCAUUGCCGAAGACGGAUUUGUGAAUAUAGGGUUCGAGACGUACACACACAUACACAGAAACACUCGCCAAGGCAGGAACGUAAUACCCCGUGCGAUUACGAAUCGCAUUCGUCGUCUGAGCAGCGCAGCAUACACGUCAAAGGAUCUCGUCUUGGUCGUCGACCAGCUCCUUCUCCAAAAGCGAACUUUUGCUCGUUCGCCUGUAUACAGAGCAGCGCAUAUACAUCCAGGCAACGUAUCGCUCGCCAAGUCUUUCCACAAAGAGCGUUUGAGCCAAGCUGCCAGAGAGCAGACGCAGUGCAUCGCAGUACAGAGCGGAGGAGCAGAAGAUAGCGGCAUCAGCAGCAGCCUCGACCCAGACUCAAUACAGCCGGCGAAAAAGGAAAGCAACGCCACGUCGAGAAAAAGAGAGAAAAACGACAGAUUCUCCACGGGGGAAUUCUCCGCUGCUCACGAAAACUUGCGAGAGCCUCUGCUGUGCAACUUGAUAAAUCACCAAAGAUACCGAGGAGCAGCACCUAUAUCGAAGAACUGCUGCGCCGAGGCUAAAUGGAUUUCAGAGGAGCGCUGCGUUGUUUGAGCUCUGCCGCGAAAAUUGUCAAUACUUCCGCACUCGCGUUCGAAUGAAUUUUCUUUCGUCGAAAGUCAACUCUGGACGCGAUAACUGUAAUGCUUGCGAAUUGUAAAAUUGCGGCGUUAUUGGAAAGGACUGAAUUGUACAUUAUACUACGUUGUAGACUGAUGGUAGUUACAAUAAAUGCGUCUCUGAUAUUGCCUGUUAAAACUGCACGAAAACCUUUAUUAAAGGCGAGACGUUCUGAUGAAUUUUUCCGCUCCCCUCGACGAGCGGUUCGCAAUACCGAGAAAAACAAUACAGAAGCGAAGAAUACCGCAAGCAUUCUAACGGUGCAAAUUGUAAACAACUCUGGGCGAGAGCGAGAAAUUCAAAUGCGACACUGUGCAAAUACAGCGAGCAUCGGGAAAAGAUUCAUUCCAGCGAGAGAAUAACAAGAGUCAAAAAGCGCGCAGACGGACACGGGAAAACAAGGAGGAAUUGAUAGGAGCCAACGAGAUUCAUCUGCACGCAGACUCUCAAGGGGGCUCUCCGUCGCGGUUCUCUAUCAAAAGUGCAGGAGCGAACUCGAGCGGAAAAAUACGAGGUAUACGUAUAGCUGAAACACUGAUGCAGCCUCGCGCUGAAGCGAGUAUAUUGAAAAUAACGAAAGUUCAGGCUCGUUGUCAGUCAUAAAGUCGGUCUAGCCGCGCGCGCGCGCCUUGUUACAUAUAUGUAUAUACGUGAGGCUUGGGCGCAGAACUUUGAGUAAUCAUCCCGGCGCGGUGCCGAGGCGUAAUGGAUUUGUUCUUGCGGCAGGGAAAUGGGAAUUCGAUGAGUUUUUGUUUAGCCGAGGGAAUAUGAAUGGGAGGGAGAGGAGUAGCUCAUUAUGUUAAACAUGUUUGCGCGAAUGAUGAAGAAGUUUGACGGGAUGUUGCGGGUUGCGGUACUUUUAUGCGCAGGCAGUCUGGUCUACUCACGGUUGGCUGAAUGAGAUUUCGAUUUUCAAGAGCGGUGUAUUCAUGUUAAUACAAUAUCAAUUUGUACGACGAAUGAACAUGAAUUUAGAAUGAUUGCACUCUAAUGCGGAGAUUGUAUACGUUUAUUAUUUAUGAAAAUGAAUUUAUCAACAAAAAGAAUGCAUUUAUGUAGUAGCACACAAUAUAGUAAUCUUUGUGAGAUAUCAGAUAAACGAAUUAAAUUAAAAUGAAUAACUUCUCUUUUAGGAAUAACAAGCAAAGCGAGUCGCAAUACCACGAAGAGUCUACUCGAAAAGAGACGAAGAGAACAACUGUAAACAAAAGUCGAGGAGUCGUUUGCGAACUAAACAAUUGUAACACAUGCGCGUGUAAAAUACCGGAGUGAGCGAGGAUGCGAAGCAUUAUUCGCGGCCACUCACCGAGGGCCAUGCAUUACGACAUAAAGGCACGAGUGAAGCGCGACAGAACCCAGCCGAGGAUAUCAGGGACGACAGGGAAUGGGAGACUAAGUUGAUGCUGAUGCCGGAAACGUUUCAUUGGAAAGCGCUAGAGCCAUCCGGCAGCGGCGGUGCGCCAUCAAUUCUCGAGGAUCCGGAGCGCGAGGCUCGCGCUAAUUGGCGUGCAGCAGCAGCUCACGACGAUAUUAAGGAUCGGCGACGCUAAUAACCGCACCUCGAGACAGACACGAGAAGAGAGAGAGAGAGAGAGAGAGAGAGAGAGAGAGAGAGAGAGUCGCAGGAGACGUUGCCGCCUGUGUCGUGGUGGGCGUAGAUCGAACCUCGCCGGAAAAAGUUCAAAGGAGCCUGGCCACGUGGGCAGAAGCAGAAGCAGCAGCCAGAGUCAUCGGCGGAGAGCAGAGUCGGUCGCGUCAGUGUGCAUGCGAACGAAGCGGCGCGAGCUCAAGGAGCUGCGUCAGGGAAGAAAGUCCAGCGGCUGCUUCGAGGCCGAAGGCUUGAGCUUCGCCGGGCAGAAACAGCUGGCUGAUCUUCCGCGGCUAGACGCCUGCUACGAGCUCAUCAAGAUGAUAGCCGGCGCGGGUGUGGGUAUGGCCGGCGGCGGGGCCGGCAUGCUGCGCGCCAGGCGCCGCGACAUCAGCAUCAAGCCCAAUCGCAAGCUCGACCGGAAGUCCUCCAGGGGCAUGAUCUACGAGAACGAGGAGCUCAGGCUCAGGACCAUUCACAUCAACGCGGAAGUCGAGCAAGGCCAGAAUGACAUCAAGAAGCUGCGCCGGGAGAACGAGCAGCUCAGGAGAGAAAUAUGGAGUCUGCGGGACGAGUACGACAAACUCGAGGAGAUCCUGAAGAAGCAGAAGAACCGAGAGGAGAGCGACGAACCCGAGGACCGCUCGGAAAAUGAAGCUGCCGGCUCGGACUACUCGGAAUACGACGAGGAGGAGGAGGAGGACGACGAAGAAGACGACGAUGAUUCCGACUCCGCGGAGGAGACUAAUGAGGAGCACGACCAGGAGGAGCGUUUAGAAAACGCCGAGAACCAGAAGAUCUCGUCUGAAAAGAUGAGCAACGGUGGCAGCCCGAUACAGCAGCAGCAUCGGACUCGCGUAAACUUCGACGACUUAUCCGUCGUCGACGAGGAAGAGGAGUUGAAAAAGGAGAAGGACAAGAAGGACAGUAUACCGAGCGAGCAAUCGGCGAGCAGAGUGGACGAGCCACUCGAAAAACAACAGCGGAGUACCUUUCCCUACCACACGACCUCGUUCGAGCAGGGCGAUCCACUCACGACGACGAGUUUCGCCUAUCAGUCCGAUUGUCCGUUUGUCUUUCCGACUAUGGCCGAAGCGAGCGUCUAUUCAAACAUCGCGCAGUCGUCUAUGGACGAGAGCUGCCGUCCGAUGACCACAUGCUCGAGCCAUCAGACGGCGAACCCGAGUCGCGAUAUAAGCAGCCAUAACUACUCGCGGCAGGUAGCCCUUGUGGCUUCGUCUGCGCCACCGCCUCCGGGCUGGCAGAACAGCGUCCUCGCCACGGCGCCGAUAUCUGUCCCGAACUUUCCGCGGACGCAAUCGCCAAUAGCAGUCUGCGACUCGUCAAAGGACUUACCGCCUAAGCCGGCUGAGCUCGUGGAAAGUGGCCCUGCGAAUGUCUCCGGUCUGGCGGAGAGAAGAAAAGCCUUCGUCAAGCAGCACUCGGAUAAUUUUCGUGUCAUUGGGCCUCGGGAUAGCUCGGCCGGCCACAACCAAGCCACCAGCGCGAGCUUAGACUCAUCGAAUAAAGCAUUGAGAAAUUACAGCGAGGAGAACCAUCAGCUCAUUAGGGAAAUAUCGAUCCUGAGGGACGUGUACGACGAGCUGGAGAUCUUCAAGAGGUGGAACAAAGGAGCGGAGUGCGCCAAGCCGGAGGAGAACAGGCAACCACGGCACUUCUUCGCGCCGCUGCUCGCGAAGCCCAGAUGCAACGGCGAUGACAGGCAAUCCGACAGUCCCGCGGGUAGUGAGAAAACUGUCUCGACGGUGAUAUCGACGAGCCGGUACAACUGCGAGAAAGGCUCCGCCGACAUCUGCGUCAACGGAGCCGUGCCCCUGCACGGCCACAUCGAGAGUGGGGACGCGAAGGCUUUCUUCAGCUCGGAGAACCUCCUGAUAGUCAGCGACGCCAGGAACAACGGCUCGAGCAACCCGAUGGUCAAGUCGGUCUCUUGUCAGGACCUGAGCUCGUGGCUGUCGUUCAACGAGAACGUCAAGUCCCUAAACAAUGACAAUCACGCGAAGAGCGACAACACCCUGGACAGCAUGUCCACAAGCUCGAGGGCUUACAAGAGCCAACUAAACGUCACCCUGCGCCAGCCUGGUUCCCGCAAGUCGACGAACUCCGACACCCCGGAAAUCCCACAACUGCCGUCCACGGGUAAGCUGUUCAACCAUCCAUUCCUACAGAGCUUCGAGCAAGCCUACCAGAAUUUCCCGGUGAGGACCGAAGGCUCGAGUCCCGCGAGGCUCAUGCAGAGUCCGCUUACGAUCAAGGUGUGCGAAAGCCCGGUCCCUGCGACGAGCUACUCCAGCCCGGUCAGAGUGCAGUCGAGCUUCAGCAAUCCCAGCGCGGUGCUGGAGCCCGACUGCGGAGCUUGCAGUAGGAAGGACCUGGAACGUCUGCGACUGAUGAUCCCACCGACGAGAAACGGGGACAAGCAGGAGUACCACGUGACGUCGUUCGAGACUCCCAGCCCCCACACGAUGAAAAUCCCCCCGAUGACGCCGUACGAGCUCGAGGCUCUGCGGAGGAUGCCCACGGGUACGAGUCUCGUGCAGCAAACCCCUCGGCUCUACCAGAACGUCCCGUUCGUGCCGAUGGCGGCCAACGGCGUCCAGUGCUGCUCGGCCAACGGCCACUGCGACAUGGUCACGAAGGUCCCGGCUCAGACGCAAACUUCGCUGGAGGACGAGACGAAAGCCGCGGCGGUGAGCGCCGAGAGUAAUCAGCCGACGGAUCAGCCGAAGAAGCGACGCUCUCGCAAAGACAAGUCCGGAUCCGUGAAGGAGAAGCGCAGCUCCCAGAGGCGCAGGGAAACGCUAAAGAAGCAGUCGAGCGCCAGCUCGAAGGAGCCGCCCGAGUCCCCGGGAAUCCUCAGCACGAGGUCUCACCAGGACGAAAAAAACGAGAGCAGGUCCUCGUCGUCCGGGCAGGAAUCGCCGAAGAAGGACCAGACCAAAAGGGUGUCGCUGUACUUGAGCACGAAGAAACGGCCGUCGGUGAGCUCGACGAGGACGUCGCGCAGCAGGAGCGUGGAGAACGCGAGGGAGAGACACCUCACGAGGGGCGAGGCCGCGGCGCUCGAGGGCAACGCCACUAAUUCCGAGAGGGAGAGGACAAAUUCGAUUAGCAGUCGAGAGGCCGCCGUCAGGGAAAAGACGAGAAAGUCCAGCACCAGCAGCGGCAGUGUGCCUUGGUGCGCUUGCUGGGGAAACGGCUGCAUUUAGAUAGUGCGCCCAGUGGACGAUUUCGUGAACGAACGAACGAACGGUGUGCGAAACGGUGUAUAUUGUUUGUACGGAUUGAUUUCAUUCGGGAGUUUCGUCAAGUAAUUACAUGAACACGAGUAUUAGGUACAUAGAGAUGUAAUACCGAUGUGCAUUAUAUAUGAAUGUAUUAUUUUUAUUAUCUCAGAGAGUAUAAUAAGUAUAUAGUUUAUGUUUUGUAAUAGAUUAUACGUUGCGUCGUUAGCUCACGUUUAUUUGUAAUAUUAACAUUACGUCGAAACAAUUUUGUAAUAAAUACACCGUUUAAUUUAGCAUA